AUGUCAGAUACAGAAAAUCUCAAUUCCAAGGAUAUUCUUCGAAAUUACUUGGAGAAAGAAUUGUUCCAGGUUAUUACAAAACAACAAUUCCGCUCUCUCUUUAAUAAAGUAGCGCGUCGCUCAGUUGACGACUCUAUGGUGAAUGAAUUGUUUGCUUUGUUGAACCAACAAAAAAAUCGAGUCAUCAAUAAACGCAUUGAUGAUAAUAUUGAAAACUUGAAGCUUGUCAGUUACUACGAUAGUAAGCAUGUGGUUGAAACGAGUAAGAUUAGUGAUGACGAGUUCUCCAAAUUGGUAGCAUCCAUGAUGCUUUUAGAUAACUCAUUACGAGAAGAUAUUACUCAAGUGGAGAGUGAAUGCAAAAAUCAAUUGAAGGAAAUUAAUAGGAUAGUUGAUAAGUUGCAGAAAUGUAAAUGCGAUUCGUCAGAUAAUGAUAAAUCUCUUGGGAAACUACAAAAAACGUUAGAAUCUAUAGAAGGAGAACUCUUGAAAUGA